AUCUGGCUCAUAGGAGGAUCUUGAGUUUGAGGCUAGCCUGGGCUACAUAAUGAGUUCAGGCCAGCUUAGGGGGCACAGCGAAACCUUAUCUCAUGAAGUCAUGGGGGGAAAAGAUGUAAGUAGCUGAUGAUGUAGAAACUACAAUCAAUAUAAAGUAUAAAAUAGAGGUGGGAUGUAGCCCAGUAUUUCAGGGUAUUAGCAGCACUCUGAGUUUGAUCUUCAGCAUUGCAAAAAGCAAAUAGCAGUGUAAAAUAUUUUUGGGUUGGUAUCUAACAAAAGCAAAGCUUUGUUAAUCUUUUGUUUGGCCUCACUUUCUCUCAACUCCUCCCAGCUUGGAGAUCCAGCCAUUUUUCCUGCUGUAAUUGUGGAACAUGUUCCUGGUGCUGACAUUCUCAAUAGCUAUGCUGGUCUGGCCUGUGUGGAAGAGCCCAAUGACAUGAUCACGGAGAGUUCACUGGAUGUUGCUGAAGAAGAAAUCAUAGAUGACGACGACGAUGAUAUCACCCUUACAGUUGAAGCUUCCUGUCACAAUGGGGAUGAGACAAUUGAAACUAUUGAGGCUGCUGAGGCACUCCUCAAUAUGGAUUCUCCUGGUCCUAUGCUGGAUGAAAAACGAAUAAAUAAUAACAUAUUUAGCUCUUCUGAAGAUGACAUUGUUGCCCCAAUCACCCACGUGUCUGUCACAUUAGAUGGGAUUCCUGAAGUGAUGGAAACUCAGCAGGUGCAAGAGACUUAUGUAGACUCACCAGGAGCAUCAUCACCAGAACAGCCUAAAAGAAAGAAAGGGAGAAAAACUAAACCACCUCGACCAGAUUCCCCAGGCACUACACCAAAUAUAUCUGUGAAGAAAAAAAAUAAAGAUGGGAAGGGAAACACAAUUUAUCUUUGGGAGUUUUUACUGGCUCUGCUCCAGGACAAAGCUACCUGUCCUAAAUACAUCAAAUGGACCCAGCGGGAAAAAGGCAUUUUUAAGCUGGUAGAUUCUAAAGCAGUAUCCAGGUUGUGGGGGAAGCACAAAAACAAACCUGAUAUGAAUUAUGAAACCAUGGGAAGAGCACUCAGGUACUAUUACCAAAGGGGUAUUCUGGCAAAAGUGGAAGGUCAGCGCUUGGUGUAUCAGUUUAAAGAAAUGCCAAAAGAUCUUAUAUAUAUUGAUGAUGAGGAUCCAAGUUCCAGCAUAGAGUCUUCAGAUCCGUCAUUAUCUUCAACAACCACUUCAAAUAGGAAUCAAGCAAGCCGAUCAAGAGUGCCUUCAAGUCCAGGGAUAAAAGGAGGAGCUACUCCAGUUCUAAAACCAGGGAAUUCUAAAGUUACAAAACCCAAAGAUCCUGUGGAAAUUGCACAGCCAUCAGAAGUUCUGAGGACAAUGCAGCCCUCACAGUCUCCGUAUCCUACUCAGCUUUUCCGGACUGUUCAUGUAGUACAGCCAGUACAAGCAGUCCCAGAAGGAGAAGCAGCUGUAACCAGUACCAUGCAGGAAGAAACAUUAAAUUCUUCUGUUCAGAGUAUUAGGACUAUACAGGCUUCACCCCAAGUUCCAGUGGUCGUGUCUCCUGGUAAUCAGCAAUUGCAUACAGUAACACUCCAGACAGUGCCACUCACAACGGUUAUAGCCAGCACAGAUCCAUCAUCAGGUGCGGGAUCUCAGAAAUUUAUUUUACAAGCCAUUCCAUCAUCACAGCCUAUGACAGUACUGAAAGAAAAUGUCAUGCUACAGUCACAGAAGCCAGGUUCUCCUCCUUCAAUUGUCUUUAGCCCUGCCCAAGUGCAGCAGGUUCUUACAAGCAAUGUGCAGUCCAUUUGCAAUGGAACGGUCAGUAUGGCUUCCUCACCAUCCUUCAGUGCUACUACGCCUGUGGUGACCUUUUCUCGAAGCUCACAACUAGUUACUCACCCACCUGGCACUGUAAUCACUUCAGUCAUCAAAGCUCAAGAAACAAAAACUCUUACACAAGAAGUAGAGAAAAAAGAGGUUGAAGAUAAUUUGAAAGAAGACACUGAGAAAACUGAGCAACAGCCACAGCCUUACGUGAUGGUAGUAUCCAGUUCAAAUGGAUUUACCUCUCAGGUACCUAUGAAACAAAAUGAAUUGCUGGAACCCAACUCUUUUUAAUAUAUACCAAAGGAAUUAUGGAUGAUUUUAAAAAACUGAACUCAUUUUUCAGUUGUCUGCAACUCUGCUUCUAAGAUAAAUCCACAGACUUCCUUAUUUUAUAAUUGUUAAAAAUUUAGAUUUAAUUUUGACAUUGCUAGAAGAGGGAGGAAAACCCAAGUGUUUCUCUUUAUUCUCCAAAUGUUUCGGAAUUUAAUUGUGAAGGAACAGGCAUUUUAUACUAUGAAGACAUUCUUGAGAUUUUUUUCAGUUGCUAUAUCAUAAGGAUUUUUAAAGUUUCUUUUCUAAUUUUACAUUGUAUUAGCUUUUCUGAUUCUUUUGUAAAUACAAUACUUAAAUAUAAGGCAACAGGAAAUUUAUAUAGGAAGUAUUUUCAUUCUACUUGUGUAAGUCUUGACUUGUUCAAAUGCAAGAAACUUAUUUUAUACUUUGUUAAAAUUACGUCACUUAGAUUGACUGCAAUGUGUAACAAACUAUGAAUAUGUAAAAUAUUAAAAAUUGAAAUGUGCCCAUGAUACUUCCGAACCUGUUUCGGAAAUAGGAUAUUUUAAAAGCAUCAGUUUAAGACUGGUUCUCUUUUGGGCAAGACACUUAAUUUUUGGGGCCUUAGUUCUUUCAUAAAAAGAAAGAAUACAUUGGACUAAACUAAAUGACCUCUAGUUUUCCUUCUGGUUCUAAGCUUCACAAUUCUAACACCAAUUAUGUCAAAACAUUACCAUAUUAUUGCCUAAUGUAAAUAUAGGUAAAAUACUGCAGGAAAAUAAGAUCCCUUCAAAAUUUAUUUCUUCUGUAAUCAGUAAGCUUUGCCAUAAAUUUUUCCUAUAUUCUUUGUUCAUUAAUUGUUGAGACCACUGUGUACUGUAGUCCAUUAGUAAACUUAACAUUGUUGAGUGCUAAAUGCUAUAUUGCUAUUUUGAAAGAGUCAAGGCUUUUAAGGGCCAAGAAAGCAACUUGAGUUUUGGGCUAAUCUGGCUGAGUAGUCAGUUGUUAUAAAAGCAUCAUUGCUUUAUAUUUUGGAUUAUUUUUUAUUGGGGGUGAUGGGGGGAGGGAAAUUGCAUACAAAGAUAACACAUAUAUAUACAAAUUUCCGAGUUUUUAGAUUACUUUUUCAAAUGUAAAUAAUGUAUAUUUAAUAUCACAAGAAAAAUUGUUUUCUGCAAAUUUUCUAGUAUAGCUAAAUUUUUGUAGAUGAAAAAUCAUUGUUUAGAGGUCUAAUGUAUGUUUUCAUAUCACAAAGUAAAUUUGUAUUUAAACAAAAUUUAAAUUUUGGAAUCCUCUAAACGUUUUUGUAUCUUUAAUUGUUAUUAAAUAAAUCAUGUAAAAAUUAUCAAAA